AUGGCUCAGCCCCGCAGGCCAAGACAUCCUCCACCUGAUUUUGUUGAUUUUGCCGAUGAUAGCAAGUAUGAUGAAGAAAGAUCUGAGGAAACAUCGUACGAUGAGGCUGAAGCUGAGUGGGAGAGUAUAUUAACGGCAUUCGACGCAUUCAGGAGCGCUCUCGGCCCUCACUUCAUGCCUCUGCCUGCCGAUAGUGUAUCCCCAAUACCAACGCCGUUCGGCCCUGCUCUGCAGUACCGGACACAUACUAUAGCUGUUCUCUGGAGCUAUUACUUUGCCGGUCGAAUUCUCUUACAUCGGUUACAUCCAUCGAUGCCUCCUGCCAUGAUGGUAUCUGCAAAGGUAGCAGCGCCGACUACAGCAGGAUACUCGCAAGAUAUCGGGAGAAUUGCGGCCGGGAUCUACGACUCACAAAGAAUUUACCAAGAAGCUGGGGGUCUGAGCCCAGCACUAGGAUCUUGUCUUAUCAAGAUGACUGUGCCGAUUUUCUGUGCCGCCAUUCAGUGCACAGACCCGGCGCAACGAGAUUGGGUCGUCACAAGGUUGCGCAGCCUUUCCCGCAAGAGUGGUUGGCUAAUAUCCAUUUCCAUAGCCAACAGUUGUGAGAAUGCGUGGAGGGUUGCUGCGAAGCAAGGUCGUGGUCCUCCUCACGAGCGGAAAGACACGACCGAUUACGAACAAGCCUCAAAAUGGACGCCACCUGGUAAAGAGAGUUACUUGAGUGACACCGGCGAAAGGCGUUUCGUUGCCGUUGCCAGAUGUGCAGCAGCAGCGGGCUGGGCAAUGGGACUCCUGAGUUUGGAAGAUGACGUACUGAACCUCGAGCUCAAGGAUCGGGUAUGA